CUUACCGGAGAGGUUAUCUUUCGUGCUUUUCGACAAGUGGGACUAUUUUCAGAGCGGUUUCUUCGAGAAUAGAAAGCAUUUUGGAAAAAGAUCUAUUAGGAAAUGAAUACUACGGUACAGCCCGGUGCGGUCGGACUGCCCUAUCGAUUUUCGGAUGAGCGUACGGUGAAGUUCGUGGAGCUUUACGGUCGGGAACCAUGUCUCUGGAACAAGCGACCCUAUUUAAGGCGAGCUCGAAACGCCGCCUAUCGGCGAAUUCAGGCGGGGAUCAAUGCUGAUAUAGAGCCUUACGAAACAUCCCUAACCAUCCAGGGUGUAAAGAUGAAGAUCAAGAAUUUACGCACUGGGUAUCAUCAGGAGCUGAAGAAGAUCCGAACUAUUUCGGGAUAUUUCCCAAAGACGCCUUGGUUUGCUCCACUUCACGGAUUCCUGGCAGAGUUCUUGGACACGAACGACUUGGAAAAGGAAGCCCCUCCGCAAUUGAAGCGUCUACAGAUUCGUCUGACAAGGCUGAAGCCUAUCAAGAUACAAGCCGAGAUCAAACCCGAUCCAGAUGAAGGCUCUGUCCCAGAGUUACCAUCGUUUCCUACACCCUCUUCCUUGUUUACUGUCCUUCCAGCACCCAUGCCCAUGGAUGAGCCACCUACUCCACCGCCCUCAUUGCCCAAGAUCACAGAGAUGAACUCAGCUCCACCACUUCCAGCUCCUGUUCAGAUGCCACAGCCCCAAUCGACAGCGUGCUCCCUCUCUGAAAAGAGUGAGAUCGUGGGGUUGGGUCUGGGAUCAUCGGUAACUGGAAAAGCAAAUGGAGUUGGAUUAGGACUUGGAUUGCGAGGCGAAGACGAAUUCACGUAUUUUGGCUUGAGUGUAGCUGCCCAAAUCCGUAAUAUGCCCUUGGACAGUGCUAUGGUGAUGCAAUCUAAGAUCCAGUAUAUGAUCUCCAUGGAGCGCCGCAAGAUUAACGGCCACUCUGGAAAUGUGGAUAUUUUUAACUGAAAAACGUUAUCUGAGUUAUCUUUUUUAAAAAGAUCAUUCCUAAAACUUAUCUGUGAAUAUAAUUGUAGGAAAACCUUUGGAACCAUUUAAAAAAAUUAUGAGUCCUGCGUUUUUUAUGUAGCACUUGAAGUUAUAUAUUGCCUCGAAAUAGGAAUUAUUGGGAAUCCUAAUUUUAAAUUUAAGCUAAGACCUUAAUGGUUUCUUAAUAAUAAAAAUAAAAAAUCCAGUCAUUUGAUUCUUAAAAC